AUGUCUCCACCGGAGUUGCAAAGAGGCAAAGAGAAUAAUCCAUCGUUCGAGCUCAAAAUCAUAUCAGCCAAUGAUGUCAGCCAUAUAAAUGAAGCAUACAAGAUGGACGUGUACGCCGUCGUUUCAAUCACCGGCGGCACUACUCAACAGAAGAAACAAUCAGCCAAGACACCCAUCGACUUUUACGGAUGCUCCAAUCCGACGUGGAACCACACCGUCAAGUUCUCCAUCGACGAGGAAGCAGUCCAGUUUACCCUCACGGUCAAGUUAUUUAGCUACUGGCUAGAAGAUGAAAAUGACCUUUAUUUGGGACAAGUUACCAUUUCGGUUCAGGAGCUUCUUGCCUCAAAUCCGGUUCAACCGUUAACUAACGGUAAGAAUGAUAAACUCAAGUUAGUGACUUACCCUGUAAAAGUCAUGGAUGGUUCCAAAGGAACGUUAAGCUUCUCGUACCGGUUUAACCCGGUAGCACCACUUGAUGAUAUGUCCCCAUCGGCCCCGGACUACUCGCUUUGGUUUGGUCAACCCGUUCACCCAACUCCGGAUCCAGCAAGUUCAGGUCAUCCUGUUUACCUAAACACAUAUCCAGUGAGGUUAGGUCAGCCCGUUUACCUAAAUACGGAUCCAGCAAGUUCAGGUCAGCCCGUUAACCUAAAUCCGGAUCCAGCCAGUUUAGGUCAGCCUGUCAUGUUUUCCCCUCAAUUUCAAACCACUAUGCCGAAACUGAAACUUAUGCUUGUGAUCAAAUCCGCUAAAGACAUAAAAAGUGUCAGCAUAGGUAACGACAUGAACGUUUACGCUUCGGUUAUGAUCCGUGACGGUAAAGCAAGAACUAAAGAUACAGUCAAUACCCCUAUCACCUAUUGCACCUAUAGAAACCCGAGAUGGGACCACGAAGUUGAGUUUUGUCUCGACGAGAAGCUAGUUCAAGAGGGUCGUUUGACACUCGUUGUGAAAAUAAUUGGCGUGCGAGCGUUACUUGGGGAUAAAGGCGUUGGUGUGGUCGUAGUCUCCAUCCAGGAGCUUUAUGGAUUAAACCCACCGUCUCCUCUGCCAUAUAACGGUGAUGAUGGUGACGGUAUGAGUUUGAUGACCCGGGAUGUGACGGUUUCUUCAGGGAGAAAAGGAACACUGAGCUUCACAUAUAAGUUUCUUGCGGAGCAAGCUCCCCAACCGUGUUUUAUGUAUCCUAUUCAAGGAACCUCGGGUUACACAGUUCAACCCGGAGCAAAUGCUGUCCCGAGCAACGGUCAAUUACCAAUUUAUAUGCCACCACAAUAUCACCAGUCACAGCCUCAACCUCAGCCGCUCCACAAGCCACUAGUGCAUACACAAUCACAAACACAACCACAUCAGUCACAAGGAUACCAACAAUAUUCACCAAUGCAGCCACAUAAGCCGCAAUCUCAAAACCAACCACUCCACCACCCACAAAUGCAUACACAAUCACACGAACUUACAUACCAGCAAUACUGUCCAUCACAACAGCAAGUGCAGCCGCAACCACUGCCAUACCAGCUUCCACAAACACAACCAGAGCCACAAACACAAGGCGAAAAACCGGCAAGGAACCCACAAGGAGGGAGUACUGAGGCGCUAGGACUAGGGGCUGCGUUUGUGGGAAGAGUAAUCGGUGGGGCUUUAGUGGGUGAAAUGAUGUCCGAUGAAGUAACCAUGUAA